UACUUGCCAAUACCAAACAACCGACAACUUCACGACACCACUAACAUAACAGCAUAAUAAAAUACCUCUUCACAACAUAGCAUUCGUUGCAUGAUACUAUCCCGGAAACUAUGCCUGAGGACGAGAAGUACGACGUCCUCGAGAAGAUUGGACAUGGCUCUUUUGGAAUCAUCCGCAAGGUGAUGCGGAAGUCUGAUGGCUACAUUCUUUGCCGCAAGGAAAUCAGCUAUUCAAAGAUGUCGCAGAAGGAGCGCGAACAGCUCCAAGCCGAAUUAUCUAUCCUUAAGGAACUUCGUCACCCAAACAUCGUUGCCUACUUCGAGCGAGAUCACAUCAAAGCGUCGCAGGACCUGCACUUGUACAUGGAAUAUUGUGGCAACGGUGAUUUGGGUCGUGUCAUCCGUGACUUGAAGAACAAGAAUCAGCUGGCUGAUGAGGAGUUCGUAUGGAGCAUACUCUCCCAGAUUGUGAGCGCGCUAUAUCGUUGUCACUACGGCGAAGAUCCACCACCCGCGGGUCGCAACGUCAUGGGACUGGGUGCAGACGCGAAACCGAAGACUCGCGGCAAACCCAUGAUCUUGCAUCGUGAUCUGAAACCGGAAAACAUCUUCCUUGGGGACGACAACUCUGUGAAGUUGGGUGAUUUCGGUCUGUCGAAGAUCUUGCAGUCGCAUGACUUCGCAUCCACAUACGUUGGCACGCCGUUCUAUAUGUCUCCAGAGAUUUGCAAAGCGGAACAGUACACCCUCUACUCGGAUAUCUGGGCACUGGGAUGCAUCAUAUAUGAGCUUUGCGCCAAGCAACCACCGUUCAAUGCGAAGACGCAUUUCGAACUCAUUCAGAAGAUUAAGUCUGGCAAUUACCCACCAAUUCCCUCCGCAUACUCCGGAGAGUUGAAUAAGGUCAUCGCAAGCUGCCUCCAGGUCCAACCAAAUCGCCGCCCGGAUACUGUACACAUGCUCAAUCUUCCGAUCGUGAAACUGAUGCGCAAGGAGCAAGAGGUCGUUAGAUUGGGCCAUUCCUUGCGUGAUGAGAGAGAGAAAUACGCAGCAAUCACACGUGAAGCAGAGGAGGCAAAGACACGAUACGAACGAAUGUGUGAAGAGUUGGACGGUCGGCUACGACGCGAAUGGGAAGUCAAGGCCCGAUUGGAGAUCGACCAACAAGUCAAGCAGCUCCACGCCCGCGAUCUAGCCAAUCUGCAGGCACAGUUCGAAGUUGAAGUCAAUCGCAGGGUGGAAGAGGCGAUGAAGAAUCAACCCCAGCGUAUAAGCACUUCACCUCGACUUGCGCCUAGAUCGAGUACACCGACUAUGCCAGGGGAACAGCAGCAGAUCCUUUUCCCUGUUGCCAGCUCCGAGCCAAUCACUACCAGUGGUUCAGUAAGCACAGUAGGAACAGAGUCUAGUUUCGCCAGUGGCACCGAUCUUUCAUCAUUGUCUCUCAAUGAGCCUUCGGAGGUAGAGGACUCUACACAGAAAGCUAUUCCAGUCCCCACAAAACGAGCAGCUCGACAGCCUUUGUCUCGAGCGAGGACCAUGUUUGCUGCACCCGUUGCCAUGCCAGUCCCCGCAUCGCCAAUGGACGUGCAGAUGGGAGAACCCUCACCGGCACCGGCUUCCCUUGCUGGCCUGUCACUCUCCCCUCGACGCAAUGCACAGCGCCAGAACAUCUUUGCAGCGGCUAAAGAAGGUGCGAAGAAGUGGGAGGCUGAAGUCCCGCCGUCUCCUACGGAUGACGAGUGGAAUGGCGAUUUUGAAGAUGAUGACGACCUUCCUAUUCUGCCAUCGCCAACUCGUGCACGCAGUGCCUCUGGAAGCCGGAAUCAGGAUCCGUUCAAGGUUCUCAGCGCCGCUCACCGCCCGCUUCUUAAGCCAAAUCAGCGACUGGCGAGCGCUCCGAGCCUCGCACCCAAUGGCACCAAGGCACGACCUGCGACUGCUGUUCCCGUCAUAGCUACUUCUCCAACCCGCCAAGCCAAACCUAGGUCUGUUGACCUUUCGCCAACCCGAAAGACGAACGCAAUGGCUUCGAAAACGGCCGAGACAUCUGGCGGGCUGAGAUCCAAGAAGGGCAACGAGCAGAUCCGGAUCCAGGCAAUGCGCAACAACGGUAUCCAAGGCCGAACCAUAGUGGAGCUUAACCGCAAGGAGCGAAUUCCGCCGGUGCAGCAGGCGAUGAGUGAAGAUGAGGGCCGUAAACUCAAGACCGGCAUCCGCAGCCCAAUGAAGGUGCGCAGUGCCAAUGCUAUGGACAUUCCCGCAGUUUGGGAUCCAGAGGUGGUCGAUGAGAUGCCGAGUCCCUUUAUCCAGCGCAGCAAGAAGAUGCUCAUCAAGUAAGACUGUGUUUUGGACGAUCACGCCUCUUAUGGUAUGAUUCAACGAUACCCAAAAGCGAUGAGUGGUUCAUGAGCUUCUGAAUAUGAAUGAUUGGGAUAAGUGAGUUAGGCUGAAGGUUUUCAAUGGAGUCUGGCAUUUCCGAGGCCGCGUGGCAGCGCUCAAGGCGCGUACUAUCCUGUCAUCUCUUCCUUUUGUUAUCUCACUAGGCGUUUGUGUCCUUUUCGUCCUCGGCAGCAUUUCUUUUCCCAAAGUCCUCUGGACUGCAUUUGGCAUUUACAUCGGCGAAAAUAAUUAUCGACUGGAUGAGUCGGUCUGAAGGCGUACAAGGAGGAGAAUUGUUUCAUCAUCCGGUUUGUUGACGGAACACAUGUCUAAGUUAUGUAUUUUACGUCAUUUCUAAACAUU